GGUUUAUUGAGCCUCUUAUGAGAAAAAGCAAAUACAGCCCUGAAAGCUUCAACAAAGUUUCGUUUUGGUGCUCUCACAAGGAAAGAAGACAGACAAAGCUAUAGCUACCUAAAAAGAAAGAAAGAAAAAAAAAAUCAUUGAAAAGGAUUUUUCUUUCUUCUUCUUUCUUCUUUCUAUUGUGUGGCUAGCUCUUUAUAAAUUAAAGAAGAAACAAUACUAUAUAUUAUAUGAUGUAUUGUUCAAAAUAAUCUCUCUCAUGGCUGGAAACCCUAGUAAUAACUGGUGGAAUAACAUGGUGAUGAACACAAGCAUGCAUCCACAUGAAUAUUCUCAUGACCAUCAUCAUCAUCAGCAAUCUUCUUCUUCUUCGACGACGACGACUCAACAUUUUUAUGGAUCUUCUAAUUUUUUGGCAGAUAAUAAUCUGAUGAGUCAGGAUCAUUUACCUCGCUCAUGGAGCCAGCUACUUCUGGCUGGACUAUCUUGUGACCAAGAAAAAUCUGAUAUAAGUCAAUUUCAACAUCAAUACAAGAAGCUGGAGGACUGGGAAGAAAUUCAAAAUUUGAAUUCCAUCCAUAAUAAUAAUAAUAAUAAUAAUAAUAAUAACAAUAAUACUCCAUGUUCAAGUAAUUUUAGGGUUCCUGUUGUUGAUGUAGUAAAACCAGAAAUGGUGGGCCAAUUACUGUACGGUAAUUACCAAGAUUUGCCAGCAACUUCAUCACCAGCUAGCUCUUGUGUUACCACUAAUUUAGGCCAUAGUAAUAUUUUUAACUUCUCACCUCCUCCUAAUAAAAUUACCACCACUAACAAAGUUGUUGAACCCAAGCAUCAACAUCAUCCAGACCAUUCAUCUGAGUGUAACAGCACAAGCAGUGGUGGGGUAACUAAGAAGGCAAGAGUUCAGCAUUCUUCAGCUCAACCGUCUCUUAAGGUGAGAAAAGAGAAGCUGGGGGAUAGGAUAACAGCACUCCACCAACUUGUUUCUCCAUUUGGAAAGACUGACACAGCCUCCGUCUUGUCAGAAGCCAUUGGCUACAUCAGAUUCCUUCAGGCUCAAAUUCAGGCAUUGAGCUCUCCAUAUAUGGGCAAUGUAGCAGGAAGCAUGGGUCACACUCAUCAACAAUCUGAUUUGAGGAGCAGAGGGUUGUGUUUGGUUUCUACAUCGUGUACACAACAUGUUGGAAGUGACAACAAUACUAGUGUUGGAGAUUACUGGGCCCCAGCUCUAGGAGGAGGAUAUUUAUAAUAAUAAUGUAGUAACAAUUAGUGUUCCAUAAUAUACUGAUGAUGAUGAUGUUGAUCAUGGUGAUGAAUGAUGAUGAUAUAACAUCAGAAGCAGUCACUCUCAAUAAGUUAGCUAGGGUUGACUGUUGCUGAUGCUAUAUAAUAUACUAUAUAAUUUGCAUUUCUAUUUAGGAAGGAACAAGGAUAAAAUUGUUAUUGUAUCCUCCAAUAUUGCCAUUUUAAUUAUUUCAUGAAAAAUCAUAUAAACAGGCUACCUAGUUGAU